UGUUUGGAUCCAUUCUGGGAUGGAGAAUUCUAUAUUUGUUUUUGUUAUUCUCAAGUAUAGGUUUGGGGCCUAUGUUUGGUCUUGAAGAUCCUCCUCUGGCCAAUUUGCUUUUCCAUUACUCAAGAUUCCCUUAUUUCCGGGUACCCAAGAUACCACCAGGUUGUUGUGUUUCCUAGGUUUCACAGAUUUUGGCUGCACCCAGGGAGUAAUUUUUGGGGGAUUUUUUUACAUGCUAAUGCUUUAAUAGCUACUCAUCUAUCUAAUAAGGAUUUUAUUGCCAGUUUAAAAUCUUUCGAGAUUUUCUAAGGCACAAGCAUUGAUGGAAUUUCUGCUUGAAAACCGAAGUGUACUUUCCUAAUAAGUUUGAUUGACAUGUUGUGCAGAAAUUUUCUCAGAUGUCAGUGACCAGUAUAUUCCUAUCACUCAUUUGAGUUUAGCUCUCUCUAACAGUAGCAGUGAGUUUGCAAUUCGUGAUGAGGGUUGUUUUACUUUAAGUUUACUAUGUCUAGUGCCCUCUAAAGUUUAACCACUUCACCUUGUUUUUUGUUUUUAAAUCCCCAGAAUAGAUUCUGGGCCUAUAUAUUAGUCUUGCAGAUCCUCCCCUGACCACUGUGACUGCUUUGUCAUUACUCAAGAUUCCCUUGUGUCCUGGUACCCAAGAUACCACCAUAGUUAUGUUUCCUAGGUUCACUGUGCCUAGUGUCCCUAGAGUUUAACCAAGUCACCUUUUUCAGAUCCAUUUUUUUUUGUUUUUUAAAUCCCAAGAAUAGAUUCUGGGCUUAUAUAUUAGUCUUGCAGACCCUCUCCUGACCAUUGUGACUGCUUUUUCAUUACUCAAGAUUCCCUCAUGCCCUGAUACCCAAGAUACCACCAGGUUGUUGUGCUUCCUAGGUUCAGUGUGUCCAGUGCCACUAGAGUUUAAGAGUUUAACCACUUCACCUUUUUUAAAUCCAUUUUUUUAAUCCAAGAAUGUGUUCUGGGCCUUGCAGAUCCUUCCCUUGCUAGUGUGUGCUUUUUCAUUACUCAAGAUUCCCUUAUGCCCUGGUACCCAAGAUACCGCCAGGUGUUUCCUAGGUUUCGGAGAUUUUGGCUGCAUCCGUUACAUUGUCCAACUAAAUGACCCUGGUCGUGCAGUAAAAAUGUGGACAGAUACUCUAGAGUUGACUCUGGACAGGCAAUAUCCAACAUUUUUCUUUAUGCCCAAUUCUGAAAAGAGCAUAGCAGAAGAAAUUUUUAACUUGAGAGACACUGAGAGAAUCGCGAACAUUUUAGUCGCCGAAUACAACAAUUCGACAGACUGGCCUGUUUUACUUUUCACUAAUAAUUUCCGACAAUCUGUCGGCACGCUAGGAAGAAAUGGUAAAAUUUUUCUUGAUAGAUGGAAUGCUGAAAGAAGAUUUGAAAACGAUGAAAAUUUGUUUCCAAACAAGCUCCAAGAUCUUGGUGGAAAAGAAUUUCGAGUCAUGGCCUUUACCUACCUUCCCUAUGUCAACAUAGAUCCUCUAGACGGCAUUGAGGUGAGAGUUACGAUGGAAUUUUGCAAAAAAUUAAACUGUACAUUGCAAAUAGUUGAUGACGGAGGGCUUUGGGGAAGCAUCCAAGGAAAUGGUUCAGGAGAUGGAUUGGUCGGCAUGGUUUACAAAGACGAGGCGGAUAUCGGCGUAGGAGGGUCUUACCUAUGGCUUGAAAAUCACUUUUACACUGAUUUUUCUAGCACAUAUCUUUAUGCUGCGGCUACACUUUUGGUGCCUAAACCUAAGCCGCUCAGCGGCUGGAGAGUACCAUUUUUGCCAUUUAGUUGGCCAAUGUGGUUUAUAAUUAUUUUAUCUAUCUUAAUGGCAGCAUUACUUAUGUACAUUAUUACAGCGCUUUUGAAAAAAAUUCCAAGGUUUACACAAGAGGUUAAAAGAAAAAAACAGUUUGUAACAUACACAGACAGUUUCUUUCGGGUACUUGGUAUGGCUGUUAUGCAACAACCAACCCAAUCAUUAGUGCAAAAUUCACCUUUAAAGCACCUACUCACCGCAUUUGAAUUUUUCUUCUUAAUCAUCACUGUCUAUUACAGCGCUGGCUUGUCAUCAUUCUUAACAGUACCUCAGCUCAUGAUACCAAUUGACACUUUUCAUCAGCUUGCAGCUAGCAAUUUAAAAUGGAUCGCAAAUCAUGAAGCCUGGAUCUAUUCCAUUCAGCAUGUAGAUGACCCAGAGGUGCAAACCGUUGUUAAAAACUUUAGGAUUAUGACGGGGCAAACUCUCAUAGAAAAGGCUCAAACAGGCAAAUAUGGAGUCGGGAUUGAACGUUUGCCUGCAGGGCACUUCGUGGAGCUGCCACACAUCACAGAGACUAUUAUAGAUAAAAGUCAUGUUAUGAAAGAAAAUCUUUUUGGUUCACCUUUAACAUUUAUUAUGAGAAAAGGGUCACCUUAUUUAGAAAACUUUAAUAAAAUAGUCAAUAAUCUGGUCGAUAGUGGAAUUCUGUUGUUCUGGGAGGCAGAAGUUGCAAGAAGAUUUCUCACUACAAGGAAACAAAUUGCACUGAGCCUGGCUAGAAGCUCUCAUUUAAAAAGUGGCCCUAAAAUACUGACUCUUGGCCAUAUCCAAGGCGCCUUUAUUGUAUAUGGCACCGGAAUGAUAUUAGCGACGAUAAUUUUUGUAGUCGAGUUAAGAAAGGCAAAGAACAAAAUGAAUAAAUGAAACAAGUUUAAUUUCUCUA